AUGCAUCUCAAGAAGUACCUUGGCGAGAAGACGUUCCAUGGCUAUUUACCAGAAGGAAAGCGAUGGAUUAGGGCAAUGAAUGUGAAUGUGAUAAGCCGAUUGAAUGCCGCGAUUCGGUGGCGCUGCGCUGUCAAUUGUCGUCGUGUCCAUGCGAGUGUUACUCUCAGAAGCCAAGAACUUGGAGAUGAUGGUCUACCGAAAGAUUAUAAAAUAAGGACGUUGAAAGCUGGAAGCCGACGUCUCGAUACCUUUGUGAAUCGCGCUAGCGGGAAAAGUAAAACCCCACAGGAGGAAAGCAGCGGAGGAAUUCUCAAAAUUCUUAUUCGCAUGUCCUGUUCGAAGGCGCACUGA